AGUGAGUAGUGCUGAAAAGAUCAUUAUUAGUCAUGUUACCAGUCAUUAUUGGAACACUGCAUGAUCUGUUGGCCUAGAACCAAGAGGCUCAGGAAGUUGUGUGUUUGUCCAAUCUUGCCUUAUAGGGACUUUGUGAGGUAUCCUCGUAACUUUAAACGACACAUCCAUUACUGUCAUCGUAGAUUCUUCUUUGGACUACAAAAAGGGGAGUAUUAAUGAAAAUGAUCUCUGCUUCUUGUACAUACGAUUCUCAUCUAUUUUUGAAGUUGAUUAAAAUAGGAGGCAGCAUUUCAAGGGAAAUAUUUCCCCUUUUAUGGUGUGGGCUCGAGGCCAAAUAAACAUGAUGUCAUGGGUUUCCCGUCAGAAGUAGAGUUUGAGUUGUUUGGCCUGAGCAAGCAGACACAAACAUCAGACAUGCUCAGCGGGAGAGCACACUUCUCUAAACUUGUUUCACUCGAGCCCCUUAGACCACAACUAUCUGCAGUCUUGGCCAGAAGUGCGUCACUGUGGAAGACACGAGGGGCCGUGUCAUACGUAGAGAUCCGUUAAAGGGAACAUGAUCAAACAGGCUCUGCUGGUUUUGUGGUGUCAAAGAGUGGGUAUGACUGGUUUAUGGUGUUCUGACAGUGAUGUCUGGCAGAAUUGAUAACAUAAAUGCUGAGUAUCAAAUACGUAUGGCCAAACAGCUACGCUCUGUACGUUAUAAAGCACUUCUUUGAAAAAGUCAAUGAUAAGAACUGUACCUGUGAUAUGCUACAUCAAUUGUAACCUGAAUAGUGUUACAGUGACAUUUGCUAAAUCUCUUCUCUUGACAUUUCAGCAUCUGCAUCGGUUAUACUGUAUACAAAUUCCACAUGUAUUUGAAAGAAGCUCCAGCUAGUCCAUAGUGCAAAACACAGUUAUUAGCACAAACUUUAGCACAACCGCUUCCACCCAAAUGCAUGCAGUUUGCAUAGCUCCAAAAGAAGCAGGCCAUUGCUUUAGAUAACCACCAUCAUUCUUCAAGCUCUAAAAUACAUUUUAAUGUAAGAAUAUACUGUGGUUUGAAGAAACAGUUCACUUAUAAUUCAGCAAAAUCAUUUUAACCAGAGCUCUUGCCUUGUGCGAGCUCCUGACACCGAUUGAAAAAAGCUUUUCCCAAAUAGUAGUUAUGUAAUAAUUCCGUUUUGAGUUAAGAAUGUAGGCUGCACAGUGACACACACUCUUUUUGUCUUGCUGUGUACAAUAUGACUCAGGUAAGCCUCAGACGUACACAAAACAUGACAUCAUGCAGUCUAACCCUGCCAUUCAAGGCAUGCCCACACAAGAAAGACACAAGCGCCUCAGCAUAGCAACUGCACACAGAUCAGUUAUGCCCUCCGAGCAGCCAACGAGAAGCCGCCGGCAGAGCUAAAUGAAAGUGAAUCGCAAAUGGAAGAUUACUGGUAGAGCUUCAAGAACUGAGAACUGAGACACCGUUGGGGUUCAAAGUUCAAAGGGAAAGACAGGCUGCGUACUCCUGGAGAAAUGAAAGCGAAGACUCCAUGGCACAGUGGAAAAGUGAUCUGCGUGGCCGUCUUUUUCAUUGCUGCUCUGAUUACACUUGUAGCCAUCGCUUUUGUGCAGAACAAACCGAUACCGCAGAAGUACAAGUAUGGAAUAGUGCUAGAUGCAGGUUCCUCUCAUACAGCGGUAUACAUCUACGAGUGGCCAGCGGAGAAGGAGAACAAUACUGGGAUGGUCCGCCAGCGGCACACCUGUGCUGUGAAAGGGAAGGGAAUCUCCAGCUACGCACAGAAGUCCAGCGGAGCAGGUCAGUCCCUGAUGGAGUGUAUAGAGGACGCCAAGGGCAACAUCCCUGCAGACAAGCACGAGGAGACCCCCGUGUACCUCGGCGCCACAGCGGGGAUGAGACUGCUCAGGAUGCAGGACAGUGAGAGUGCAGAGGAGGUCAUGACCUCUGUGAAGGCCACCCUGAUGUCGUCACCCUUUGACUACCAGGGCGCACGCAUCAUCUCAGGCCAGGAGGAGGGGGCCUUUGGCUGGAUUACUGUCAACUACCUGGGGAAAAACUUCCGGAAGGCGGCAGGAACAAUGGGAGCUUUAGACCUGGGAGGCGCCUCCACCCAGAUCACCUUUGUCUCCGGGCAAUCAGUAGAAUCUCCCGACAAUUCCAUGGACUUCCGUCUAUAUGGGAAUGACUACCAGCUGUAUACGCACAGCUUUCUGUGUUACGGGAAGGACCAGGUCCUCAAGCUGGCUCUGGAAAAACGGCUCAUGCCAGUUGAGACUUCCUUAGAGGACCCCUGCUUCCACCCAGGCUACAGUGAAAAAAAGUCAGUUAAAAAUGUCUUCGAUACCCCAUGUGUCCAUACUAUCAACAAAGAAGAUAUGGACAAAUCAUUCACACACAACGGCACUGGCAACUUCACAGAGUGCCAAAGCUCCAUCAUGAAAGUCUUCAACUUCAGCCAAUGUACAAACUCUCGAUGCUCCUUUAAUGGAGUGUACCAGCCGCCCAUAGAGGGUACCUUUGGGGCCUUCUCUGCCUUCUACUUUGUCAUGAACUUCCUAAAUCUAACAGGCCAUUCCCUGGCAGACUCCAAGAGGGGGCUCGAGGUGUACUGCAAUACCCCAUGGGACGCUAUUAAGGAAAGACACCCCACUGUGAAGCACAAGUACCUUGCAGAAUACUGCUUCUCGGGGACCUAUAUUUUGACCUUGCUGGAAAAUGGCUACAACUUCACAUUUGAGAACUGGAAACAUAUCAGCUUCAUUGAUAAGAUUGAAGACAGUAAUGCAGGCUGGACUCUGGGCUACAUGCUGAACUUGACCAACAUGAUCCCGGCGGAGGCCCCAGACACGCCACUGAUGCCUCAUGGGGGUUUUGUCACCCUUGUGCUCUUCCUCACCAUCUUUCUCCUCAUCCUCCUUCUCCUCUGGUAUAAAUUCCUUGGUCUGCCCUCUUGUUCAUCCCCAAAGGAGGUCGUCUAGGCCUAUGUCGUGGGUGAAGGCCCAGGAAUUGUGUAAGCAGGACGAACUCCCCUGUGGAAGGGAUUUUAAUGUGACCACUAAGGGAGUACCAGGCGUCUCAUGAAGGCAGCAUCUUGGAAGAGAAGGACCGCACCUCAAAUGAAGCUCAACUUAGCCAGUAGGAGAAAAGGACUUUCUGGGAAAGUUCAGAAGUACGGGAGGCAAAAAAAGUUAAGAGUCAAAUGAUGAUUAAAAUGUGAUUUUAAUCUUUCACUGUCUUCAAAAACAUUCCCUGCCCAAACCAAACAAACUCAGGAGAUUGUUGGAUGUGUUAAGAGAAAUUGUUUUAUUUUGAUAAUAGCCGUUGGGUUAUAAAUAGUGUAUGUUUUUAAAGGGUUUUCUUAAAAAAAAACCUGUUCAUGUUUAUGUGUCCGACAUCAAAAUGAUGACCAUGAAAUAUCACCAUGCUGAGCUCUGUGUAAAUAAUUGAUUAUUAUAUUAGGAGACCCCAAGAAUAUCAGUGGCAUUCUAAAAGGUUAUUGCUGACUUGAUAUACUUAAAGGUUCUAGAGGCAUUUAAAAUGAAACCUUACCUCUUAUCACAAGAUGGAUUCGAAAUGCCCUGAAAUGGACACUCCAAUUAAAUUAAUUAGUCCCAUCAUGGGAUUUAUGUAUUUUGUGUAACUAUUGACUAAUCCACUGAGAAUCUAGAGCGUAAUUUUUCAUCUGAAUGAAACAAAAUUAAACUGUUCCCUUCACUCACGUCACACAACAGUAUACUAAUGCUGUCAUAGCAUUAGCAUUGUACCAUAGUAUUAAAGUAGUGUUGGUGUCAUUCCACAAUUCCUGAUCAUCUUCAAUUAUAAUGGAUGCAAAUAAUGUACUGUACUAUGUACAAUAGGUCUGGUCAGGUUUAACGAGGUUAUGCGUAUCAUGACUUGUUAAGUGCUAUGGUUUGGGUCAAGUGUGCAAAAUGCCUUAAUUCCUGCCACAAGCUUGUUAUCUGUCCCAAAUGUAUUUAUCCCAAGAACAGACUGAGAAAUAUUGAGUUUCAGCUUGUAAAAAAAGUCUUAACACCUCUACUCAAAGUCAUGGUAUAGUUCUUUUUUGUGUAGAGGAUGCUUCCAGGUGAAAUUCAUCCUAUUUUUCUAAUUGGAUCCCCAAGACUACAGAAGUACCACCAUGUCAAAUGAACUGUUUAUCGCCUCCCCUUCCAGGGAAGCCUGCACUGACUAACACCGCGGUUUCUCUUGAAAUGGACUUGUGUUGUUAUGCAUAGCAAAGAGGGAUGUGUCGUCAUUCCUCCUGGCGCCACAGGAGGGCACUUACUCUGAACGUUCUCUUUACCUCACAAGGACACAAUCUGAAUACGCCUGUGGAGUUGCCUUUUUAAAAGGAGCUGCGAGUCCUUCCUCUGUCUGUGUGUUGCCCUUAAAGGUGUAAUGGCAGAAUUCAUCUGUUUCUUCUAAGCUGAGUUUGAAUGUUUAAACAUAUACUUGUCUGUACCCUCACCCUCAGUUACACAUGUGUAACACAUGAGCAGAAAGAAAAUGCUCACAUGAAUAGGUCUUCUUUGUGAAACUUAAAAUUGCCUAAUACCUAUUCAGUAAUAUGACGAAUGUCUCUUCCCUUGCUUAUGUAAAUGGAUGUUCUUGUACAAAACAGACUUGUCAUCUGUUUAUGAUGUCGUAUAUAUAUGGCCCCCGUGCCGUGUACAGAGUUGUAUACUGUGGUCCACCAUAAAGGACCAUUCACUUUUUAAA